UACGGCACGGCUUCCUGGCUCCUGGCCGAGACACUCUCCUGGUGGAGAGGCUGGCUCGUCCCAUUGGCCGGCUUCGUCACACGGGUCGAAUCCGCUGCGUCCGAUUGGUGCGUUCACUGCUCGAGCGCGAUUUUGCAACACGGCACAAUCACUUGUGUGGGCGCACGUUGUUCGGACUGGCCUCGCCGGACUACGACCGAUUGCUGUCAUUUUUCGUGAAACUUUUGCAGAUCCUCCGUUAUUAUUCUCGUCUAAUGGAAAUGAAGUACGCGUGUACCCCGGAUUAAACACGGCGCACGAUUUUUUUUUUGGUCGUUAUUUUAAAUCGGCAAGAGAGAAGUGGAAAUUUUCAUCCAUUUCCCUCGGAAUUCUGACACGCAAACAAUGACCGACAGCAAGGCCCCUCACGUUAUCUUCUGCAACGACUCGCCCAAGAGGGUCCUCGUGUCAGUCAUCAAGACCACCCCGAUCAAGCCGCACAGGGCCGAGGCCAUGACGCCCACCAGCCCGGGAUUCAGCGACUUCAUGGUGUACCCGUGGAAGUGGGGAGAGAACGCCCACAACGUAACGCUGAGCCCGGGCUCGCUCAGCGAGGCUUCGUCCCCGGGCCCCGGCGGGACGGCCGGAGACGCCGACGCCGCUUCUUCGCCCGACCACAACAAGGACGGCAUCCGCAGAGGGCGUCCUCGAGCCGACACGGUGCGGGAGCUGAUCAGCGAGGGGGAGACGUCCUCCAGCCGCAUCCGCUGCAACAUCUGCAACCGGGUGUUCCCCAGGGAAAAGUCUCUGCAGGCCCAUAAGAGGACACACACAGGUGAGCGGCCGUAUUUGUGCGACUACCCAAACUGCAGUAAGGCCUUUGUCCAGAGCGGUCAGCUGAAGACCCACCAGCGGCUCCACACUGGAGAAAAGCCCUUCGUCUGCUCAGAAAAAGGGUGCAGCAACCGAUUCACGCACGCCAACCGUCACUGCCCCAAGCAUCCCUUCUGCCGCCUGAGGCGGGAGGAGCCGAGUGAGGGUACGGGCAAGGCGCAGUCGGUGGACAACAAGGCGGUGGCAGAGUGGCUGACAAAGUACUGGCAGACCCGAGAGCAGCGCGCCCCGGCCGCCUCCGCCGCCAAGGCGCAGGGCAAAAUCGCCAGAGCGCAGGACCAGGAGCAGCGGGACCCCAUGGAGUUCCUCCAGUCCAGCGAGGAGAACGACGAAGACGAGGGGGCGGCAGAGGAGGAGAAGGGCGGCUUGGGCGGAGCCGCCAAGCGCCGCCUCCAGGAGCAGCGCGAGCGUCUCCACGGCGCUCUGGCGCUCAUCGAGCUGGCCAACAAUCUGUCCGCCUGAGCGGCGGAAAUCACUUCUGUCCAGCCCCAGUCCGCCUUCCCUUCCCUUCCCUUCCCUUGCGUGCUGUCGCUAGACCGUCAUCAAGUCCAGGUCCCCUCGUAGACCUGAGACCAGUGUUUGCGAGUUCGUGCGCGGCAUCAUCCAAGGAAGGCGCAAGCUAAAGCACCUUAUUCAGCUUCCAUUUAUCCUUUUAGGCUGCUAUGGUAGAUGUAACGAUAUGAAGAAUGUCGCUCUUCUUUUCUGUCUUUUAAAGGCGAACAAAGAGUACUUGUUUUCAAGUUGUUUUCUUUUGCACUUUGACGAUAUGUUUUUUAAAAGGGUGUGUUUUCAAGUGAGAGACUGUAAAUACGAUUGAAAGAUAUGCUAACAGGGUUUUGGACGGAAGUAGAUUAGUCACGCCGGGAUUUGAAAUGUAAAGUGAUGACAUUUUCCAUAGUUGCUACAAUUCGCUGUCUCGGAUUCAUCGUCCGUGCCAGCAGGCACAACAGCCAGCCAAUCGCGGUGAAGCUUUCUUGGUCACGUGACGUCACAUACUAAGAAAGCGUAGCUGCGAUUGGCCGGGUGUUGGCUUCCGACCUGAAGUAACCCUGCCUUGCCGGCGCAGACGGUGAAUUUUAGACCGCGAAUUGUAGCAACUGCUGAAAAUGUGAUGACUUUACAUUUCUAAUUCAAAUCCCGGUGGCACUGAUCUACUUCCAUAGUUUUACGCCUCACAAGUCCGACAGGCGCCGCCUCUCAAGGUGUCGUGAAAGGAAUUUUUUUUUUUUUUUUAAGAAUUUUCGGGAGACAGUUGGGAGGUUUUUCCUGGCGGGAACGGCGGGUGAGCAUUGCAAGCCUAAUCCACUUUUGACAGCGUCGUCACUUGUUGCCGCGCCAGACCUGCGUCGCAUCACCGCGCGCGUUUAAAAAAAAAAAGUUUUCUACUAAGCAGUGAAGUACUUAAAAGCAUUUUUUACGAUUGGGCGAGGUCGGCAUACGUGUCCACCAAGAGGUUUUGCGAGAGGACAUCACCGAGUGUACGGCCCUGUUGUAAUCCACUCUUUUGUUGUUGUUUUUUUUUUUAUUUGACUUUGUUUCCUUCACAUUAAAUUAAGUCGUAACACAGAAGAGGGCGGAUCUUAUGAGGGUUUAUCGUUCCGAACUUGCUUCAUGGAAACCAAGAUGUGUUAUCUUUUAUAUUAAAGGGUGGCAAAUUAGUUUUCAAAGGUUGGUGGAUGCAAAUGAUUCAAAUCUGAGUUUUCUCGGAUUUUUGGGUUUAGCGUUUAUAAAAUGAAAGCACUUGCGUUUUAAAGGAAUUGUUGGAUUACGCUUGCAAUGGCUCCUGUUUGUCUCCGACUGUUUUUGGAGUGCUCGCUGAGUUUUGCGUUUUGUCUUUUAAGCUACACUACAUAAGAACACUGUAUCGAGCUUCGAAAGAUUUCUUGCAUCGAAACUUUUUUUUUUUUUUUCGAAGAAUUGGAUUUUCAAAUGUCCUGCGAGGCGAAACUGGAAGUUGUUGAUGAUGAAGUCACCUCGUGACUUUUUGUCCCCGAUUCUAAACUAUUUUUUGUUGUUGUUUUUGUACUCUUGGCCUUUAUGGGUGUGUGUUUGACAAAAGGAUGGCAUUUAAUAUAUACUGAUUGUUAGAUUAAUAAUGUUUGUCCACAAUUUACCAACAGCUUCGACGUGUAAUUCUAGAAUCAGUUCUCUCCCACGUUAACACUCCUGACACUUGAGUGAUUCUUGCUUGCUUGGUAGAGGUUUGUACGUUAACAAUUACAAAAAAAAAAUUGUUUGGGCUUCUCUUAACAAGCUGUACACUCUUAUAACAGUGUUGGUUAUCAAUAAAUGGAUACGGAAAUUA